GUACUAACAACCCAAAACUGGGAAAAGUCAACAACAUCAGAGCAAUCGGAACGACUUUGCGCGAUAAGGAACAUAUUCAAGACGCACUCGAGAGUCGACCAAUCGUCGCGCAGGCGUGGCGCCUAAUUCAAAGCACGUUUAUUUUCAAUCGUCCCGCCGCUUUCGGAAGACGCGCAAUGGCCGUCCGAGCGUACGCACCUCUGCUCCUCGUCGCCGCUCUUGCCACAUCGCUACCGGCCUCGAGCGAUACCGCCUCCGCGCACAUCCACACGCAUCAGCACAACAAAGUCGACAGCCAUGAGAGGAUGGAGGACGGUGCUUUCAGCCCCCGCGAUGCCGACCACUACGCGGAGGGCGAGCAUCAUCAGGAGUUUGACCAUGAAGCCAUCCUAGGAAGUGUAAAGGAAGCAGAGGAAUUUGACAAACUUCCAAUAGAAGAAUCAAAAAGGAGAUUAGGAAUUUUACUGACCAAGAUGGAUCUGAAUAAUGACAAGUAUAUAGAGAGGAACGAACUGAAAGCCUGGAUCUUGCGUUCAUUUAGCAUGCUGUCUGCAGAAGAAUCUGAGGAUCGCUUGGACGACGCUGAUACGAAUGAAGAUGGUAAAGUGAGUUGGGAUGAAAUCCUACAAGACACUUAUGGCAGUGAUCCCGAAGAUCUGGCGCUUGACGAUAAGCUGAUCGAAGAUGACAGGCAGACAUUUGAUGCUGCCGAUUUAAAUAAAGAUGGUUAUUUAGACACAGAGGAGUUCAAAGCUUAUACACAUCCUGAAGAGACACCUAGAAUGUUUCCACUCUUGUUGAAGCAAGCUUUAAUGGACAAAGAUGUAGAUGGAGAUGGAUACAUCAAUUUCCAAGAGUUUAUUGGCGACAGAGCAAAAUCAAAGGAUAAGGAAUGGUUGCUAACCGAAAAAGAUAAAUUUGAUUAUGAACAUGACAAAGAUGGAGACGGUAAACUCAAUGCGGAUGAAAUUCUUUCUUGGCUUGUUCCAAGUAAUGAGGAAAUAGCGAAUGAUGAAGUGGAUCAUCUCUUUGCUCGUUCAGAUGAUGAUCAUGAUAAUAGAUUAUCUUAUGAUGAAAUCUUGGAUCAUCAUGAUGCUUUCGUGGGUAGUGAAGCGACGGACUAUGGUGAUCAUUUGCAAGAGAUUGAUCGUUUCAACGAUGAGCUCUAAGAAUCAGCAAUCAACAAUCAGUUAAACUGAUAACAUUGUAUUAUCUUUCAUAAUACUCAUCGGAAAUACGUAUUAUUGAAAAUAUUUUUAAUACACUGCUCAAGACAUAAUAAUAAGACCAUUCUUUUAAAGAAUUCUAUAUAUGAAUUUAAAUGUCAAAUAUUAAAAAAAUUAAAAUACUAUAUUUAUAUAAGCACGUUAUUGGACAUUAAAAAAAUAUGAAUAUAUAAUAACAAUGAGAAAAAAGUUCAAAAUCUCUAUAAUAGAUUUACUAGAUCAAAAAUUCAUUUAAGAAAAUGUUUCAUUAAUUGUUUUGAGCAGUAUAUUUAUUAAUAUUUUUUUGCAUCCUCUUCUUUUAGCUCUUAAGUGUUUGUUUUGAUCUAUUUAUGCAGUCAUUAGAAUAAAUUUGUAUUAAUAACAAGUUACACAUACUGGACUAAUGAAAUUUACACAUCUUAUACAUUUAUGACGAUUCGUAGUAUAACGCUAUACGAGCCGUCUUCCAUUUUUUACCAAACACGAGUGCCAUAAUAGAGAAUAUGAAAAAGGAAAAUAUAUUAAAGCAAGAAAAAGUUUCAUAUUUCUUAUUGCAAUUGCAUACAUAGUGUGUCAUUAAAUUUGAAUUCCAUCAAUAUCAUGCUGUAUAUAUAUAAUGUAAUAUACACAAACGUACACAAUAUUAUGCAUAUAAAAUUAUGUGUAUAUACAGUGUGUUGAAAAAAAUGUUACAUAUGGUGAAAAAAUAUAUUCACUAAAUAUUUUCAAAAUAUGCAACACUUUUCAAUUCUGUAUGUAUGUGUCGUAAAGCACAAUUUUUUCUUGAUUUCAUGACAAAUUAAGAUAGAUUUUGUGCUAGAUGACAUGAAACGAGCAUGUGCAAUCAAUAAAAUACAUCAAACUUCGACAAAUAUGCACAUUCAUUUGUAAUAAAAUAUUUUAACAAUUCCA